AUGUCGUCAAUCCUACCAACGACUAUUGACUACAAAGAUUACCUUUUAGAUGAUAUCAAGAAUUUACUUAGGCCAGAUAGUAACUAUGACGUGUCCAUAUCUGCCGGCAAGGAUCUGGCAAAGCAGACCUUUCAGGCUCAUAAAUUUAUGUUGAGUCUUCGCUCGCCGUAUUUUCGUAAACAGUUGGUUGAAAGAGAGUUAGAAGAGACUGAAGGGAUAGCCGAGUAUACGGGCGACCCUUUUGUUUUUGAACACAUUUCACCUCCCGUGUUUGGUGUCGUACUCCAGUACAUGUACUUCGGAAUUCUUCAAAUACAAAACCUGGCUGGUAUGUCCGUCUUUUUGGAAUUGAUUUCAAUCACUCACACGUUGGAAUUGGACCAUCCCUGCAAGUUUACGCAAGCCUAUACAAUAAAAAAAUACGAAAAGGAAUUGAAAGCCGAGUUUGUGCGAGUCAAAAAUUUCUGCCAAGGACACCCCAACCUCAGUCUACUCCAGAAAUUCGUCGACAAGACCGUCAUCGGCAACAAUCCUGAUGACGUUUUCGAUGCCAAUGAUUUGAAUGAUUUGGAUAGACCGACAUUGGAAAAAAUCGUACGAAGACCCGAUUUACUCACGGAAGAAAUCAAAAUUUGGGAUAAAGUCUUGCAAUGGGCCAAGGCACAAAACCCGAGCCUUCCAAAUGAUGCCUCGAACUUUAAGCAUGAUGAUUUUGUCGAGCUUGGCAAACGCCUAGAAUCGUUUCUUCCUUACAUUUAUAUACGCCAAGUCUUACCACAAGACUUUUUCCAUAGCGUACAGCCGUAUCAAGACUCUCUGCCAAAAGACUAUUACAAGAAAACCUUGCAAUUCUUUCUUGAUGCCGGAAGCCGCGAAAUCCAGCAACACAGAUUGGGAUUUGACUCGCGUCUGCUAUCCCGGACACAAUGCGCUGCCAUUACAAAUUGGAUCGAUUCGGAAUCCUUCAACAAUGAUCCGUCAAGCGCUCAGUACACGAUGAGGCUCAUUUACCGUGGAACCAGAGAUGGAUUUAACGAUGCGAAUUUUCACAGAUUUUGCGAUAAUAGAGGUGCAACCGUAGUAGUAAUCAAAGUAAAAGACACGGAAGACAUUCUUGGAGGAUACAACCCUUUGCCCUGGGACAUGAGUAAUAAAUACAAAGGGACCUCGAAGAGCUUCUUGUUCAACCGGGUAUUGAUAGAAGAGACGGAAGCCUACAAGGGCAUACCGUGGACACGCUCUAAACUGCAAAAGUUUAAAGUCAUCGAUAGCGAAAGAGCGAUUUAUUGUGGAUCUUCAAAUGGUCCUGCCUUUGGGAAGGGUCAUGACCUGGUUGUGUUCGGUCCGAGUAUAAUGUCUAGGCCAUCUCAUUGUAAAAAGAGUUCAUACGAAGCACCGCUGAGAGAAAUACCUACCUUUAAUGUCGAAGAAAUCGAAGUUUUUCAAGUGGAGGGAGCAUUAGAUAACGCCGCCGAGUCGUAG